UGCUUUAUGUAUAUACAGCUUUACGUGAAUAAAAAUUUGAGCGAGUUUCCUAAAGCCUUUCUUUACGUAGAGCUGAACAAUUACUCCAAACAAGCAAUUUGUUUUUCACCAUGUCUAUAGUUUAGUACGUUUUAUUGAGACAUAGGUUACACGAUUUAUUUGUGAGUAAUCUCAAUAUGAAUGGGAUUGUUUUAAUAAAUGUUUUAUUCUAAAAUUGGCAUUUAGGUGAGUUUUUACGCAGAUUUGUAAGUUUAGUGUGCUAUUAUAAUUUUUGGACAUAUCAGAAAAACAUAUGCUGAUCAAAGGUGCUAUAAAUUUAAAUAAGUGGAAUUAACAAUUUAAGCUGCAGUAUUUGUUUUAUUUUUAACAUCACUUGUUGCUAAAAGGUUUAAGUUCGAGGAUGAUUGUAAUGCGCUAUUGAGUACAGUCAUGAAAAAAAUCAAAUGAAGUUCAAUAAAGAAGUAUACAGCAAUACUGUUAUUUGGACAUUGCACGUAUGGUUAAUGACGUAUACAACUGGAAAUAAUUACACUAGUAAUAAUGUAAACAUAACAUGUUUAUCAAAUCUGAAUGAUUCAUUAAAAACUGAAAAUACAACAAACACAAUAAAUAAAGCUGCAACAACUACAAAUUUCACAACCGAAGAAAAAUUUUACUGCGAUUGUUUAUUGAGCUUUUGUAAAUAUCAUUCUGUGGACGAAUACUGUUUACAAGUUUUUCAAUCAUGUUUGAUUGCAACAGCUAAAUCCACGACUGCAGUUAUAUUCACAACUGCGACAACUUCAGUUAUACCCACAACUGUUUCAACAAAUGAAGGAUCAACAUAUACAAUUCCAACAACUCAAUUACCAACAAGUGCAACUUAUAAUCCAACUACCUUAACUCUAUAUUCAACUUCUAUGAUACAAUCUGCAACUGCAAUAACUCAGGAAUUACCAAAAACAACUCAGUCUCCAACUAAAACAACUCAGUCUUCAACUACAAUAACUCAGUCUCCAUCUACAACAACUGGUUCUCCUACUACAACAACUCAGUCUCCAACUACAACAACUCACUCUUCAACCACUACAACUCAGUCUCCAACUACAACAACUCAGUCUAGAACAAUAACAACUGACUUUCCAACUACAAUAAUUGAUUCUUUAACAACAACUACUCAGUCUUCAACUACAACAACUCAGUUUCCAACUACAACAACGCAGCCUUUAACUACAGCAACUCAGUCUCUUACUACCACAACUCAGCCUCCAACUACAACAACUCAGUCUCCAACUAAAACAACUCAGUCUUCAACUACAACAACUCAGUCUUUAAAUACAGCAACUCAGUCUCUAACUACAACAACUCAGUCUACAACAAUUACAACUGAUUUUCCAACUGAUUUUCCAACUACAAUAACUCAGUCUCCAAAUCCAACAAUUGAUUCUACAAGUACAAUGGCUCAGUCUUCAACUACAACAAUUCAGUCUCCAACUAUAACAACUCAGUCUCCCAUUACAACAACUCAGUCUCCAACUACAACAACUCGGACUCCAACUAGACCAACUCAGUUUUUAACUACAGCAACUCAGUCUCCGACUACAACAACUCAACCUCCAACUACAACAACUCAGUCUCCAACUACAAUAACUCUGUCUCCAAUUCUAACAACUGAUUCUCCAACUACAACAACUCAGUCUCCAACUACAACAACUGAUUCUCCAAUUACAACAACUCAGUCUCCAACUACAACAACUCAGUCUCCAACUAUAGUAACCCAAUCUCAAACUACAACAACUGAUUUUCCAAUUACAACAACUCAGACUUUAACCACAGCAACUCAGUCUCCAACUACAACAACUCAGUCUCCAACUAAAACAACUCAGUUUCCAACUACAACAACUCAGUCUUUAAAUACAGCAACUCAGUCUCCAACUACAACAACUCAGUCUACAACAAUAACAACUGAUUUUCCAACUGCAACAUUUGAUUCUCCAACUACAACAACUCAAUCUACAACUACAACAAUUCAGUCUCCAACUGCAACAACUCAACCUCCAACUACAACAACUCAGUCUCCAACUAAAAUAACUCAGUCUCCAAAUCCAACAACUGAUUCUUCAACUACAACAACUCAGUCUUUAACUACAACAACUCAGUCUCCAAUUACAACAAUUCGGACUUCAACUACACCAACUCAGUCUUCAAUUGUAAUAACUCAGUCUCCAACUACAACAACUCACUCUUCAACUACAACAACUCAGUUUUUAACUGCAAUAACUCAUUCUCCAACAAUAACAACUGAUUUUCCAACUGUAACAAUUGAUUUUCCAAUUACAACAGCUCAGUCUUUAUAUCCAACAACUGAUUCUUCAACUACAACAGCUGAUUCUGCAACUACAACAACUCAGUCUCCAACUACAAAUACUCAGUCUUCAACUACAGUAACUCAGUCUCCUACUACAACAACUCAACCUUUAACUACAACAACUCAGUCUCUAACUACAAUAACUCAGUCUCCAAUUCCAACAACUGAUUCUCCAACUACAACAACUGAUUCUCUAAUUACAACAACUCAGUCUCCAACUACAACAACUGAGUCUACAACUACAAAUACUCAGUCUUCAACUACAGCAACUCAGUCUCCAACUACAACAACUCAGUCUCCAACUAUAGCAACCGAAUCUCCAACUACAACAACUGGUUUUCCAACUACAACAACUCAGUCUUUAACCACAGCAACUCAGUCUCCAACUACAACAACUGAUUCUCCAACUACAACAACUGAUUCUUCAACUACAACAACGAAGUCUCUAAAUACAACAACUGAUUCUCUAACUACAACAACUCAGUCUCAAACUGCAACUACUCAGUCUCCAACAAUAACAACUGAUUUUCCAACUAUAACAACUGAUUUUCCAACUACAACAGCUCAGUCUUUUAAUCCAACAACUGUUUCUCGAUCUACAACAACUGAUUCUGCAACUACAACAACUCAACCUCCAACUACAACAACUCAGUCUCCAACUACAAUAAUUCAGUCUCCAAAUCCAACAAUUGAUUCUACAAGUACAAUGGCUCAGUCUUCAACUACAACAAUUCAGUCUCCAACUAUAACAACUCAGUCUCCCAUUACAACAACUCAGUCUCCAACUACAACAACUCGGACUCCAACUAGACCAACUCAGUCUUCAACUACAGCAACUCAGUCUCCAACUACAACAACUGAUUCUCCAACUACAAAAACUGAUUCUGCAACUACAAUAACUCAGUCUUCAACUACAGCAACUCAGUCUCCGACUACAACAACUCAACCUCCAACUACAACAACUCAGUCUCCAACUACAACAACUGAUUCUCCAACUACAACAACUGAUUCUUCAACUACAAUAACUAAGUCUCCAAAUACAAUAACUGAUUCUCUAACUACAACAACUCAGUCUCCAACUACAACUACUCAGUCUCCAACAAUAACAACUGAUUUUCCAACUGCAACAUUUGAUUCUCCAACUACAACAACUCAAUCUACAACUACAACAAUUCAGUCUCCAACUGCAACAACUCAACCUCCAACUACAACAACUCAGUUUCCAACUAAAAUAACUCAGUCUCCAAAUCCAACAACUGAUUCUUCAACUACAACAACUCAGUCUUCAACUACAACAACUAAGUCUCCAACUGCAACAACUCGGACUCUAACUACACCAACUCAAUCUUCAAUUGUAAUAACUCAGUCUCUAACUACAAUAACUCACUCUUCAACUACAACAACUCAGUUUUUGACUGCAAUAACUCAUUCUCCAACAAUAACAACUGAUUUUCCAACUGUAACAAUUGAUUUUCCAAUUACAACAGCUCAGUCUUUAAAUCUAACAACUGAUUCUUCAACUACAACAGCUGAUUCUGCAACUACAACAACUCAGUCUCCAACUACAAAUACUCAGUCUUCAACUACAGCAACUCAGUCUUCUACUACAACAACUCAACCUCCAACUACAACAACUCAGACUCUAACUACAAUAACUCAGUCUCCAAUUCCAACAACUGAUUCUCCAACUACAACAACUGAUUCUCCAAUUACAACAACUCAGUCUCCAACUACAAUAACUCAGUCUCCAAUUCGAACAACUGAUUCUGCAACUACAACAACUCAACCUCCAACUACAACAACUCAGUCUCCAACUACAAUAACUCAGUCUCCAAAUCCAACAAUUGAUUCAACUGUUACAACUACAACAACUGAGUCUCCAACUACAAAUACUCUGUUUUCAACUACAGCAACUCAGUCUCCAAUUACAACAACUCAGUCUCCAACUAUAGCAAUCGAAUCUCCAACUACAACAACUGGUUUUCUAACUACAACAACUCAGUCUUUAACCACAGCAACUCAGUCUCUAACUACAACAACUGAUUCUCCAACUACAACAACUGAUUCUUCAACUACAACAACGAAGUCUCCAAAUACAACAACUGAUUCUCUAACUACAACAACUCAGUCUCCAACUGCAACUACUCAGUCUCCAACAAUAACAACUGAUUUUCCAACUAUAACAACUGAUUUUCCAACUACAACAGCUCAGUCUUUAAAUCCAACAACUGUUUCUCCAACUACAACAACUGAUUCUGCAACUACAACAACUCAACCUCCAACUACAACAACUCAGUCACCAACUUCAAAAACUCAGUCUCCAUCUAAAAAAAAUCAGUCUUUAACUACAACAACUCAGUCUUCAACUGAAACAACUAAGUCUCCAACUACAACAACUGAUUUUCCAACUACAACAACGGAUACGCCAACUGCAACAACAACAACUUUAAAAACUUCAACUUAUUUGGAUUUUUAUGUAACAACAGAAUCAAUGGCCUCCUAUGAAGCAAUUCGUAAUAUGCGUUUAAAUCUAUCUGCCGCAACAUCUUCCUCUUUUAAAGUUAGCAUCCCAGACUUAUUAUUUUCAAUGAAAACAAUUUACAUCAUUUUGGUGAAGUUAAAUUCAAAUGCUCAUCUCAAAAGAAAUCCAAGCUCAUAUUCAUGGGAUGAAAUAAGCAACCAUACAAAUGGUUUAUACUUAGUAGGAAUUCUCAACAGGAAUAGUACUGUCAGAAGUUUUACAAUAAAGGAAGAAUUAAAUCGUAAACGAAGAGAUUCUAAAUUCUGCAGCACAGAAACUGUUGGAAAUGAGAACUUUACAGGAGUUUAUAAAUUCUUUAAUAUCGCAGUCAACUCUGUUUCCUCAUUAAGUUGUGUAUACAACAAAAGCUUGAUGAUCCAAAGAAGAUGCAUACUAAGUUCACUUAAUAAACCUGUGUGGGAACCUGUUGAUGUUUCAGUUUGUCCUGCUAAAUCACAGACUACUCAGCAACUCUUAAACAUAAAUAAAGUUACUAUAACAGCAUCAAAUGUUGAAACAACUGCAUUUAAUUUAAAUCAGAUUGUACAAAAAGGAAACCUUUCUACUGUAUACGAUUUAAAUUUGAUAUCAACUAUUAUUGCAAAUAUCAUUAAAGUGAAUUUUUCUUCAUUUGAAGUUACCAAUCAUAUUCUUUCAACUAUUGAUACUGUUUUAAGUAAUGCAGUUAUGGUUACAGAAGCAAACAAGCAGUUUAAUGUGUCUUCUAACUUUUUAUCUCUAAUGGAUGAUUUGGGAAAGCAACAAACUGGUAAUAUGACAAUAUCAACAAAAAAUCUGGCAUUGGCAUCUUAUUCUAUUGAAAACAAUCAAAAUCCAGUUUUUAUUUACUCUACACUGAGUCAAAGCAAUCUGAAUGUAAAAAUAUCUAGCAAUGAAACAAGUAUUUUACAAAAUAACAGAGCCUACAUUACGCUUUCCCCACAACUGUUUAUUGGAAAAAGUAAAAUACAAGUUUACUCUUAUGCAUUUUUAGAAAAAAACGUUCUUUUUUCAGGACAUUCAAGCAUUAUAGGCAGUAUAAUACUUUCUGCUACAAUUAAUGGCCAAAAUGUGAAUAACUCUAACUCUCCAAUAUCAAUGAUGUUUUUGCGUAACACGAGUAUGACAGGCAAUAGUACAUGUCAAUUUUAUAAAAUAAUAGAACAAGUUUGGUCAACUGAAGGAUGUAAUACAGUUAAAAGUUCAUCAGAAAAGGUUUUCUGUCAAUGUAAUCAUCUUACUAACUUUGCAUUGAUAUUAGAUACUGAUCAAUCAGGUUACAAUCCUUUAUCUCUUCGAAUUAUAACAUGGAUUGGUUGUGGAAUUUCUAUUGCUGGAUUAUUUAUCACCAUUCUUACCUAUUUAAUUUUUCCGAAAUUACGUUCAAAUCUGUCAGCACAAAUCCUUAUUAAUUUGUGUGUUAGUUUAAUGAUGACCAUGAUUAUAUUUCUUUCUUUGGUUGAACGCACCCAACCCCAACUAUUAUGCAGGGUAGUUGCAUCACUUUUACAGUAUUUUAUUUUGUCAACGUUUUUCUGGAUGGUUGUUGAAGGAAUAAAUUUAUAUAUAAUGUUUGUGAAAAUUUUUCGUGGCUCAUAUAGAUCUUGUAUAUUUAUGUUAAAGUCUUUUGCUUUUGCUUAUGGUGUGCCAUUUAUAGUUACUGUAGUUACAGCAGCUGUUAAGCCUGCUAACUUAGGCCCACUAACGGACAAUGAUCCAAAAAUAUGCGUUGUUCGAGGUAUAUCGUUUUACUAUGGAAUACUGUUACCGAUAUGUAUGGUGGUGAUCGUCAAUUUAGUUUUUAUUUUCCUUGUUCUAAGAGGUAUUGGUGCUAGUUCUAACGUCAAAAGUAGAAUUAAUGUUAAAAAAAAAGUGCGCAUUGUAUUCGGGUGUUCAUUGUUGAUUGGAACAACAUGGAUAUUUGCAGUUUUAGCAGUCGGAAAUCUCCGAGAUGUUUUUCAAUGGUUGUUUUGUAUUUUUAAUUCUUUGCAAGGUUUUUUUAUAUUUUUCUUUUACGUUGCACAAAAUGAAGAUGUUAAAACACAGUGGCGUUUGCUCCUUGGAAAGAAAAAUACCGCGAGAGACGGACCCAGCUAACACAAAACGUUCAACGAACGUUGCGAACGUUCUAUAAACGUUUAAAGAACGUACUCAAAUGUAUAGAACGUUCGUCAAACGUUCUUGAAUGCUUUGUGUUAGCUGGGGAAUAAGCUCGAGUGGAAAUGCGAAUCGAAAUCAGUUCGCCUCAACUCUUUUUACGAAUCGUUCAAUAAAUCGUGUAACAAGUGGUUUUAGCGAGUAAAAAGAUAAUAGGAAUUAGUUUGUUAGAAGUUUUAUUUAAAUUAAAAUAUUAUUUAUUAAUAACUUAUUUUCAAAUGUAUUUAUAUUAUUCUAUAAAUAAUUUUUAUUUUAA